AUGACCUCAGAUCAAGUUUCCGAUGUAGUCACGCAGUUCGUUUCUAUCACUGGAAGUAGUACCGAUCAAGCCCGGUUCUUUGUUGACUCGGCGGGUGGAAAUCUAGAUACCGCCCUGUCGACCUACUUUGAGACCGUCGGUACAACCAAUCCUGGAGCUCAUACUGCCCCCAGCGUAUCCUCAGCACCGAUUGCCCCAACAGGACCUACCACAUUGUCCGGCGAAGCAGCCGACGAAAUGCCUGCCGAGUGGAAAAGACCAUCUAGUGGCUCUCAGAAGUCAUCUAACCGAAAGCCACCUCGGUCGGGGGGUAUAAAAACAUUUAGUGAUUUGAGCGGGAGCUCGGCCCCUGCCAGCUCUUCUCGGGUUCGCGGGAUUUCGACACUCAAAGAUAUAAAUUCUGCCGCCGGAAUGUCAGGUGGUGGUGAUAUGAGCGAGGAUGAAGAUGAGGAGGAUGAGGGGCCCACUGACCUAUACGCUGGCGGUGGAAGGAGUGGGUUGAACGUCCAAGAUCCAAAUCAGCAGAAUAGUGGAAAAGCUGGUGGAAUCGUAGCUGAUAUUCUAAAGAAAGCAAAAGACGCUGGUAACGCCCCCCCUCUUUCAACUGAUAACGCUACGACCAGCAAACCUACUCCGUUCUUUAAAGGUCCUGCUCAAACGCUGGGUUCUGAUCAAGUCCCCUCGCGACCCAUCGUACCGCCAACUGCUCCUGGACCUGCUCGACAGAAAGCAUUCCACACUGCUUUGCCCGUACCCGGUCAUUUUGGUAGCGACAUUGACGACGACGAGGAUGAAAAUGAUGAGGAAGAAGAAGUCGAAAAACAUUUGACUUUCUGGAAAGACGGUUUCUCGAUCGAAGAUGGGCCUUUGAUGAGCUAUGACGAUCCCAAGAAUAAAGAGAUCUUAGAUGCUAUUAAUCGUGGGCGUGCUCCACUUGACUUGCUGGGCGUACGAUUGAACCAACGCGUCACGAUGCGAGUGCAAAAGCGACUAACGGAAAAUUAUAUCCCACCACCUAAACCACCAUCAAAACCGUUUGGAGGAACUGGGAACCGGCUCGGCAGUCCACUCCCCGCCAAUGUUCGCUCGGCGGAACUACCACCUCUAGCUGCCGAAGCCGCCAAUACUCACACUUCAGUUCAACAUUCUAUAAUCUUUGAGGUCGAUAACACUCUACCAAUUACUAGCGUCCAAAUCCGUUUGUCAGAUGGGUCACGUAUGGUUACACGGUUCAACCAUACUCAUACUAUCGGUGACAUUCGGCGCCACAUCGCAUUGUCUAAUCCGGCGUUAGCUACUCGGCCGUACGCCUUGCAGACAACAUUUCCGUCUAGAGAUUUGACCGACGACAACCAGACGAUAAAAGAAGCUGGUGUCCUAGGGGCAGUGGUCAUACAGAGAUACUUGUAG